AUGGCCGCCAUGCUCGAGUUCCGCACGCAGGGCUACAACCCCUACGCGGUCAAGUACUCGCCCUACUACGACUCGCGCAUCGCCGUCGCCACGUCGGCCAACUUUGGCAUCGUCGGCAAUGGCCGCGUCUUUGCGCUGGGGCUGACGGCGCAGGGCGUCCAGGUUGAGAAGACCUUCGACACAAACGACGCCCUCUACGACCUUGCCUGGUCCGAGAUCAACGAGAACCAGCUCAUCGUCGCGUGUGGCGACGGCUCCCUCAAGCUCUUCGACCUCGGCGUCAACGACUUCCCCGUCAUGAACUUCCACGAGCACAAGCGCGAGACCUUUUCCGUGUGCUGGAGCCCCAUCACCAAGGACUCGUUCCUCUCGAGCUCCUGGGACGGCACCGUCAAGAUUUGGUCCCCGACCAGGACGCAGUCCCUCCGCACCCUGCCCAUCGGCAACUGCACCUACAGCGCCUCCUUCUGCCCCUCCAACCCGGCCCUCAUCUCCGCCGUCUCCUCCGACUCGCACCUCCGCAUCUUCGACCUGCGCACCCCCUCGUCGGCAAAGUACCACCUCGUCUCCACGAUACCCGUCCACGCCGCCGGCUCCGGCCCCCAGCCCGGCGUCGGCCUCCCCGGCCCCGCCGCCAGCCCCCCCGCCGAGGUCCUCACCCACGACUGGAACAAGUACAACUCGACUGUCGUCGCCACCGGCGGCGUCGACCGCAUCAUCCGCACCUUCGACAUCCGCAGCCCCGCCGCGGGGCCCCUCGCCAUCAUGCAGGGCCACGAGUAUGCCGUCCGCCGCCUCGCCUGGAGCCCGCACGCGAGCGACGUCCUCAUCAGCGCCAGCUACGACAUGACGGUGCGGCUGUGGAACGACGGCGGCGCGUCGGCCGCCGCCGCGCAGCAGCAGCGCCAGCAGCCUCCGCAGGGCCCCGCCAGUGCCAUUCCCGGCGCCGCGGGCACGAGGGCCGGCCACCAGAUGGGCAUCAUGAACCGCCACACCGAGUUCGUGACGGGCGUGGACUGGUGUCUGUUUGGCGUCGGCGGAUGGGUCGCGUCAGUAGGCUGGGACGAGAGGGUGCUGCUGUGGGAUGCCAACAUGCUCAUGGGGCAGCGGUAA